AAAAAAAAUACCCAAAAUUGAUUUAUCAAUUGAAAAGUUGAAAAUUGAAACGCUCCAUUUUUCCGCCACUUAUUAGAGACAAUGGAGGAGGAGAAGCAGAAAAGUAUCAGUCCUCCGCCGUGUCCUUCAACCGUAACAGUGCGACGAAACCCUCCGAGGAGAGCUAGAGCAACUCCGUAUACCACUGCGAGUAAGCAAAACCAACCUCUCUCCUCUCACGACGUUCCUACUUUCCCAAUCGACGAGAUUCUCUCCAUUCAAAUCCCUCAAUCCGAAACCAAACCCACAGUUCCAGAGAGUUUGAAGAUUUUCCUGAGAAUCAAACCUUUGAAAUCCUUAACCACCAAGGUUAUUACCACCAACACAGCGAAGAGCAGGCCUAGAAAUGUCUGGCCGCAGAAUCCUUCGAAGAAGCACAUCGCGAAGGAGAACAGGAACCCGGAGAUCGCGAAGAAGGUUAAGAAGAAGGAGGAAGAGGCGGCGGCGGCUUGUAUUGCUUUGAACGAUUCGUAUUCAGUCACAUUAACUCCGCCUCAAGCGUUGCAAGAGCUGAAACGAAGCAAGACUGAGGUUUACGAAGGGUUUUCUCAUGUCUUCCCGGCUGAUUGUUCUCAGAACGAUGUGUAUGAUAAAAUGGUUCAACCAUUGUUGGAGGAUUUCAUGAAAGGGAAAAGUGGAAUGUUGGCUGCGUUGGGACCUAGUGGCUCUGGGAAGACUCAUACUGUCUUUGGAACUUUGAAGAAUCCUGGAAUUGUGCCAAUUACUCUCCGUCAGAUUUUCAAGAAGAGUGAUGAGAGUUCUGAUGCUUCUGUGAGGUCAUUUAACUUGUCCAUAUUUGAAAUAUGCUCCGAACGAAGGAAAGGGGAGAAAGCUUAUGAUUUACUAGGUAGUGAAAGCUCUGAAUUGUCUGUGCAACAAUCAACCAUCAGGGGUUUGAAAGAGGUCCCAAUCCAUAGUUUGGAGGAAGCAGAGUCUUUAAUUGGACAAGCAAUGCUGAAACGUGCAACAGCUACCACAAACUCGAACAGCCAAUCAAGUCGCUCACAAUGCAUCAUUAACAUACGAGCAUCAUGCAAUCGCUUUUCCAACGAGACAAAAAUGCAGUCCAGUGAUGCUAUGCUGACAAUAGUGGAUCUGGCUGGUGCAGAAAGAGAGAAAAGAACAGGAAAUCAGGGAGAAAGGUUGGUUGAGAGUAAUUUCAUCAAUAACACAUCCAUGGUUUUUGGUCAAUGUUUACGGUCACUCUUGGAGUACCAGAAGAACCGAAAGAGGGGAUUGCAGAAACAUCAUCAAAAUUCUUUGUUGACAAGGUACUUGCGCGAUUACCUAGAGGGGAAAAAAAGGAUGGCUUUGAUUUUAACUGUCAAAGCAGGGGAAGAGGAUUAUCUUGAUACCUCCUAUCUUUUGAGACAAGCAUCACCGUAUAUGAAAAUAAAAUUUGAUAACACCGAGGAACCUUGCAACAAGAGGCAGCUCAAGACAUUUCCACGAGCUGAAAAAAACAAGAAGAUUAAACUUAGUGCUCCCAAGAACUCCCAAAUAGAAGACAUUUUUCAUGAAGGGAGAAACCAAAUUGCUCAGGAAGUGCAUUUGCAGGGAAAGAAAGCUGAUCCAACAGACAGAUCCUCUCCGAGUCUGGAACAUGUUGCCCAAGAUAAAAAUAAGCGAGAGCACAUCAUCAUGCGGAAUUUUUCUAAAGUCUUAUGGAAUGUUCUGAAGCAGUACAACGAGAAACUAAAAGUUGCAGAAGGUGAAAUUUGCACUCUCAAAGAUAGCCUUCGAAGAGAAGAGCUAAAAUCUCUUGGAUUGGAGACAGAGUUGAUCAGUCUCAAGUCCUCUUGCCUGGUAGAGUCAUGUAUACCUGAGGUAGAAGCUGUUGUAUAUGCAAACGAAGAAGUCAGCGCAGAUGAAUCCAGCGAGUCUCCUGUGCCAAGCAAAAAUGUGAACGAUGAUGUACGUGUUCGAUGUCACUUGUCUUCUCAGAAUGAUGCGGAGCCAAGACAGUCUGUCAAUUCUGAAGAAAAUGCGGGGAUUCCUUCUGCGACUACUCAUGAUGAAACUGUAGUUACUGAGUCUCCAAGAGAUCAGGUGAAAGAUGCUGUACUCGUUCCAUGUCACUUGUCUUCUCAGAAUGAUGCAGAGCCAAGACAGUCUAUCAGUUCUGAAGAAAAUGUGGGGAUUCCUUCUGCGACUACUAAUGUUGAAACUGAAGUUACUGAGUUUCCAAGAGAUCAGGUCAUCCAGAAUCAAGAUGAUCCAACACCUUCACCAGAACAAGUUGAAGUUAGUCAAGAUUGCAUCAACAGCCGGAUGUCUAACGUUCAAACAAAAUCCGCAAUAUCCCACAGAUGUCCCGAUUCAGAGAAGCAAGAAAGAAACAGGAGACUGUUGCCAGCGCCAUCCAGAUCUCUAACUGAGGAAAUGAAUGACUUGGACAUAAAAGAUAAGCCGAUUGAGAAACCACAGGUUAAAAACGGCAAGACUCGUGUUCAAAAGAAAGCAGAAUCAACCAAAGUUCAGGAAAUUGAGGUUCCUAAUCCUGCCCGUGAAUCAGAACCUACAUCAACUACGAAACAGAGGAAUGGACAGAAACCAAGAAGGAGACUCCAACCUGCUGCGUCUGUGCUAUUAACAAGAGAAAUAAACACGUUAGAGAUCGAGGAUGAUAUCGCCGAGCCAAAGGGGAACAGAGGUGGAAAGAAGACGACAGUAUCACAACCGAGAAGCCAAGGGAGUGUCACUCUCCUCCGCCUCCUCACUGACAAUCUUCAUCUCUAACAUCUAUCAAACAAACUUGCAUCAACAUCUUAUUGUACCUUCUAUUGUGAGUCUUAAGUAAAGGUUUAAAAUAUUAUCCUGGUUGUAUAUAUAGCAAAGAAAAACUGAAAUAUUUUGAGUCUGUUAUUUGGUCCAAGCUUUUUUUGAGCCGCAAGAUGAAAAAAUGAAUGAUGGUCUCCUAAGCUCCGUUAUCAGAUUCAUUAGUACUUGUCAAAAAUAUUUCGUAAGUACACAUACAAUUUCAUUGUUAUACUUGCCAUUUGUCAAAGACCACUGAGAUGUAUAUCUCCACAACUCACAC